UAGUCCCAUCGCGCCGCAUGGUGGAUGGACAUUACUCCCGUUCGGUCACCGGAAAAAAAUGCUGUAAAUUUGUGCGUCGUCGCCGUUGCAUCGAAGCGGAAGGAGCGCGUGCCAGCGGAGAUUAUCCCUCGUCGGAUCACUUUUACGCAGAAUACUGACAUUGGUCAGCUACUUGAAGGCUGUGAGCACGAUUGCUGUGCAUUUGGCUUGAGCAGUGGUUGAAACGCUACUGCAUUGCAAGAGAAAUUUGUAGGUGAUUCAAAAUGAAGUGGACAUCUGCUACUCCCUUCAAUGAGCAAGUGGGCGAACUCACUCGUGUGUUCUCCCAGUGGAACGAAUGUGAACAGACUGUUGUUCUUUAUGCGCUGUUGCGUAUUAUACCUGCUGUACAAGCGAGGUUUCUCUCGCAGGCGAUAGAACACUCAUUGCACUCUGUGGCAGAAUUAGAUACCAAGGAAAUAAAUGCCAAUAAUCCAAGUUACAUCAAUUCAUUGUCAGCAGAAUCAACAGAGAUUGCGAUUAAUCAACUCUUGACACAUCUGCCUUUAUUAAAGCCUGGGAAUGUAGAGUGCAAAAAGAGCUAUCUGGUAGCGAUACCAGAAUUAGUAAAUCAUUGUGUAAGUACGGGACAAUAUACAGAACAAACGCAGCAGCUUUUGAGCUAUACUCUGAUUCAUCCUGCCAUAAAUGGUCAAGACAGACGUCUUUUAACUCAAUGGCUCAGAGAUCUAGAAGAUCGUAUCAGUAAUACACCACCCAUUACUGGUUUCGAAGAUUAUCCGAAUGCUGCAAUGAGAUGGGAGAAUCCAUGGCAGAGGAAUUCCAAACAUCACAAUGAUCAGCCAAAUUCGUUUAAUACACAACUAGGCGGCACGUUUAAUUUACAUUUUCCUGCAUCAGUUAAUCGUCAACGUCGUUCGAAUAGCUUGACACCACCGGUAGCGCCGCCGCAUCACCUCGAAAUUGUGGAUCGUACUAAUAACACAAAUUCUUCAUCUAGACACAAGCCGCGCAGCUUUAGUGUUUCCGGAGAUCAUGCCAGCAAUAUUAUUGGUUUGGGUCCACUGAGCCCACAGAGUUCCUGUGCGAGUAGCGGUAGCGAGGGUCGUUUGGAUGAUGCUUCGAAUCGUUCGCUCGCGAGUGGCAUGAGAGAUGUACAAUUAUGGCUUAAAACAUUACGACUUCAUAAAUACAGUUAUCUCUUUGCUACUAUGAAUUAUGAGGAUAUGCUGCAAUUAACGGAAGAUCAAUUAGCGGAACAAGGAGUUACGAAAGGUGCUAGACACAAGUUGGCUCUUUCUAUCGCUAAACUACAGCAGCGAUAUAAUACACUUUUAAAUCUAGAAAAAGGUCUAGUGCAACCUAGUGCUCGCGACGGCAUGCAAAACACUUCAUUCUCGCAGGGACCAUCAUUGCUUCUUAAUACAAUGGAAGAACUUAAAACGAUUCUUGCCACUCCCAUGAAACCGAGUCAAGAGAAUGAUCCACAAGAUAUUCCUGCGCAGUUUACAAAAGUACUUGGAAAAUUGUGCAGUAGAUUGGCUUUGGAAAGCGUUGAGGAUGGUAUUUUGUGCACGUAUGUCAACAUUUUAGAAAAAGUGUUGCAGCAUGACUGUUUCACCUCGAAUCAGAAGGAGAAAGUACAGCAGUGGCGCAGUAGACUUGGAAAUCCGCGACCAACUCCAAAAUGUAAUUUUAGAUGGCAACAUAACUACGGAUAUAAUAAUAGAAGAUAUGGGAAUCCACAGCAGCACAGAAAGCCAAGUUUGAAUAUGAAUCACAUUCACAAUAAUCAUACACAUAGCAAUCAGUUUAUGAUUGCUUCACAUAGAAACAGUAUAUCCACACCAUAUUUACAAAAUAAUCAGAAUCAGAAUCAUAACAUGAAUAGUAUGAAUACGAAUAACUUGCGCGCGGUGCAUACAACCGAGAAGAGACCUAGUUUACAGGAGACCAGCUUGCAGCAAUUGCAGAAAACAUUACAACGUGCGUAUAGCGCGCCACGUGAUCAUUUUGUGGGUCAUUCUGCUAAUGGAGCGAACGAGACGACGGAACCGGAAAUCAAUUCUCGCUUGGAAUCCCUCUGCUUGAGAAUGACUGAGCAAGCGAUCGGUGGGUUCGGCGAGGCCUAAUCUUCCAUAUUCGCGUUCUGAGAUUAUAAGUAAGUCCCAUUUUAAAUCCUUUUCGGAUUUUUGACUCCGAAAACUGAGGGAAAUUCUGUUCGCCAAAACAUGAGUCAUCUCUAUCUCGUGCUCGCUCGUGUUUUGGCAAACCAUGUUGAGUCAUUGUUUUAAAGUGAUAUUGCAAUGGAGACGACACAUUUUUUUGGUGUGCAAAUACCUGCGUAUAUACACACUUAUGCUUUAAUAUCCUAACCAAAUGGAGAAAAAAAAUGUCCGAAAUGUGCGACAUUAUUGAGAGAGAGAUAAAGAUAGGUUUCUUUUUUCGAAGAUUGAACACUUACACAUAAUACACAUACACAAAUUAUUUUUUAUUAAUGUCCGAUGCAGUUGUAUUAUUUAAUUGACAGAAUUUGGCAAGCCAAAUGCUAGAAAGAUAGAUUCUUUCCUCGAUUGUUUGCUGCAACCAUAUAUAUAAAGAUAUUAUAUAAGAAAAAGUAUAUAUAUAUAUACACGCAUAUAAUAGGAUUUUAUGAAGCAGAAAGAAAGGAAUUUUUAAUCAUAAAAUACGAGGAAAGAAAGAUGGAAAAGAUGACAUUACAUCACCAUGCGAUGUUCUGCAAUAUUAUUUUUUGUGUUAUCCAUUUUACGAAAUGGAAUUCGUCUGAUUUUAAGCGCUGCGGGAAACGUUGUAGUAACGUAAUUGUAAUUCAUUUUUAAU